AUGGAAAGAAAAACUGUUCAAGCUUUAAGUCACAAUUGGACUUCUACCCAACGGUCUAACGUUGCAACUUUAUGUGCCCACAUUGUUUACGAAAGUGUAUGGUCGAAUAAAGACGUUGAUUUAGAAUGGAAACAGCAAUUUCUUGCUGAUCUAUUUCAACAUUUAGCUGUUGACAAUACAAAAGAUAUUCGUCAGGAAAUUAUUUCGGAAAUUUUAUUAGUAUGUCUUGGGCUCACGCGAAGCGAGAUAAGCAAUUCCAAUGAAGGAUUACAUCUAAAAGAAAAAGUGAAUGAUCUAGUAUCUAAUGGAAAUAAUGUUGAUACGCAAUUAACUGACUCGAUAGUCUUAGUGAAUAAGCCGGUAGAAUAUGAUGCUCGAUCGAGAGCAGUUUUAUUCAAGCAUGCGCAAUAUUUAAAUGUUUCCAUAACUGAUGUCAAGUCAUUAGAGAGAGA